AUGUGGACUCAGACCAGCUGGCCUCAUGAUUUACGACGCAAGUUGGCCACCGGACAGCUGCCACGAGAAUCAUGCUUACAUAUGAACCCCGAGUGUUAUCGUGCCUACAUGCAGGUCACACAUACGGCUCCAUCCUCGGAAAGAUGUGCACAACUGCAAGAGUACAAUCAGUGUUAUCUGACCAAGGCGCCAUUCAACUUUAAGCUAUCUUCGUGAGAUUUAAUCGCUUCUAAAUUGAUCGAUCAUCGAUACGAAAGCAGUCUGGGUUACUUGAAUGAAAUCAAUGAACGUGGAGACGCUCAGGGCAACUACACUGUGGUUAUGGCCGUUCCUAAUCCUUCCACCAUUGCAUCACCGCCGUCAGAAUGUGGCGCUGUUGCUGCGUUUCAUCGUUCAUCAAGCUGGUACGACCGACACACACCGUUACUUCCCGCAUCUUGUCGACAGAUGAGAUCAGAUCGAUUUCACUAUCCUGUAGAUCUUGGCAUAAACGGUACAGGUCCAAAUGAAAUGGAUCCUCUGUGGGAUGCAAUGUCUGUGUUUGAAACACCGCUUCUGUUUCAACCAAUCGGAUACUUCUAUCCACGUUCAUCAAAAACACUGGCGACGGGCGAUGCUCCACAACAUACACAUGAAAGUUUCCAUGAUGGUACAGGCUCCGGAGUUCGAAGUGACCGGUCCAAGGCGGAUCUGUCUCCCUCAGACACGAGGCGCGCUACUUAUGAUUACACUGCGACACUUCCCUUGCUUUCAGAGCUAAGCAACCGAACAAAGAAGUAUUCUUUUUCAUUGAUGAAAAACGUGAAAAUGAACUGGAUCAACAAUCACCCACCGUUAGACGAACCCAAGUGCGGCUUUGAUGGCGGUCGUUGUAAGACACCACCCAAUAGGUCUCUGGAGAUUGGAUUUAGUGUUGUUGCGGCUCUUCUCUUGAUCUUGGCCGUCAGUGGUGGUUUUGUCUAUCGGAAUCACAAAUUCGAACUGGAAUUGGAACGCCUGUUGUGGAAAGUGGAUUCAAGAGACAUCGCGUUCCAGAUAUCAACUGAUUUGCACGAAAUGGAAAAAUUGAGCGACGUCUAUGGGCAGAAUUUCGGCUCCCUACUCCGCCUACAGCCACCGAGCACAGACGGCUUGAUGAAGCAGGAUCGGCAGACGAGAUCCUUUGGUCCUGGGUUUGCUCCGACAGUAGGACAGGCAAAUAUCGAGUUAGAUCCAUCGGAGCAACUCUUUGCAGAACAGUAUCAGUUAUUUUCGACGGCCACGAAGCGUAGAUCACUAAGAAAUCAGUACAUGCAAUCCACUAGAGUGGAUCGCAAGCCCCCAUCAGAUUUGAUCAAACAUUCUUUGAACCAACCGGAAAUCAGAGAAUGCUCCUCAAUUCCGGUUCACAAUAAACAGUUGAAUGUUGAUCAGAAUGCUGUAAGGCGUCCGGCCGACGGAUUACGUAAAUCUUCCGGUCGUCAUCUCUUAUCCACAUUACUAACUAGGGAAUCUUUUUUUCACCGUCGCGCAUCAGAUGUCACAUCCACUAGUAACCACACAACGCGCACCUCUUUGAAACCUCACGGAUCCAUGAAAACAUUUACUUCCGAACCAGUUGAUACAACAUGCAAUUUGUCCUGGACGGUCCCAUUGGUUGGUUCGGCAACCGUACCCGGUUAUUUUAAACGACAACUAGUGGCCGUUCAUCGAAUUAAUCUUCGGUACGCGCAUAUCAAUCGAGAUGUAAAAAAAUCACUGAAAUUACUUCGGGACGUGACCCAUAAAAAUCUGUCUUCAUUUAUUGGUGCAUGUGUAGAAUUAGAUCGUGUCUGUGUGUUGUGGGAAUUCGCAGCUCGUGGGAGUCUUCGAGAUAUUUUACAACCUGGCCGGCCCAUCCUGAAGCCGAUGUUUUUGGCCAGUCUCACGUUCGACAUCAUCCGCGGUUUGACAUUUUUACACGAUUCCGAUCUAUGCUAUCAUGGAAAUUUGAAAUCGACUAACUGUGUGGUCGACAGUCGAUGGGUACUCAAACUGACCGAUUUCGGUCUGACAGCAUUCCGUUCAGGUGAGAGUUUUGGUCAUCUGUCAUCAGACGGCUAUUUUUCACGCCUUUUUGGAACACCCCCGGAAUUAUUGCGCCGUAUGUUGGCCCUGAUACUCAGCCGUCAAUUGUCCGCCAUGGCGCAUCCUCAACUCUUAUGCUUGGCUGAGAUGCUCAUGUCCCAAGGUUUCAUUUUCACAUUGAAUGAUGGAUCAUUGGACAGUGAAGGAACAUUGGAAGAAAAUGUGGGCAAUUCUUUUGUCGGAGUGGAGCCAGCUGUCCCAUUCCGACAGGACUCGAACAUGGAGAAUCAACCGAUAACCACCACUGAAUUUUGUUUGGCAGAAAGAAACCAAUCUGGUAAUGUUCGAUUCAACGAGGACUUCCCAUGCCAUGGAAUAGCCAACGGGAACAGCAGAAGUCAUCUGUCCAAACCUCGUUGCCACUACUCACUAGCCGAAGAGGGCAAAAGCGAUUGCGAGCCGCCACCCACGCCAGUGUUACGGGCUCGUCUACAAUCACUGUCUUCGUCGAUUCACGUUUCACAACGCGGUGCAUCUAGAAGAAUGAAUGAUGGAGCUGUUGCAGCGCACACUCACAUGUCUGAUCAACCGAAGCUAUCUACCAUCAUGAUUCAUCCCGGGGCCACUUGCAACACGGACCUCGUGAUUGCAGCNUGCAGCCAUGCCUCAGACCGGGAAGUCGGAAGUCACGGGUACAAUGCGAACUUCGUUACGCCAAUCACAUACUUGAGCCCACCAGUGAUUACCAGCUGCAGUGCGAUGGGUGCCACUCAAUCUCGUAAUCGAGUUCGACUGCCCGAAGUUCGAGAUCCAAUAGGAUCUAUGCGAAUGGCCGAUAUUUACGCAUUCGGUAUUGUAUUGUUUGAGCUCUACCUUCAAAAUGGGCCUUAUGAAGAGAGUCGGCAUACACCACAAGAAAUUAUUCGUCGAGUUGUGGUACUCAACGAUCAGUUUGGAGUUCCAUAUCGACCGAAAUUGUCCUUACUUAGUCGUGAAGAAAAGUAUUUGACGGAUUGCAUUGAAGCUUGCUGGUCUGAGGAACCGAUGAAUCGGCCAUCGAUUAAACAAAUCGCUUCCCGUCUGCAACCAAUGGCAUCGGAUCAGCACACAAAUAUCAUGGAUCACAUGAUGGCCUUGAUGGAGACAUAUGCCCAAGAACUGGAAAAGCUAGUCACCGAACGGACCACGGAGUUGAUGCAAGAGAAGCGCUUGUCCGAGGCACUUCUUUAUCAGAUGCUACCCGUACCGGUUGCAGAACAGCUCAAGAGAGGCAAAAUGGUAGAACCCGAAGCUUUUGACAACGUCACAAUAUUCUUCAGUGAUAUCUGUGGCUUUACGGAAUGGUCUUCGUCCGCCAGUCCAUUUGAAGUGGUCAAUUUGCUCAACGAGCUGUACACACGUUUCGAUGCUGUGUCCUCGUCCUACGAUGUAUACAAAGUAGAAACGAUCGGUGAUGCUUAUAUGGUGGUCAGUGGCUUGCCCAAACAGAAUGAAAAUCACGCCGGAGAGAUUGCCAGUAUGUCGUUGAGGUUAUUGGAAGAAAUCCAGCAUAAUUUCACCCUGGCCUUACGUAUUGGAAUUCAUUCUGGUCCUUGUGCUGCCGGUGUAGUUGGGACCCGAAUGCCACGUUAUUGCCUUUUUGGUGAUACUGGCGAUUCGGCAUCCGAAGCUCGCGGUGUUGCUGGUGUUGGCAUUGCGCUAUGUGCCAAGGCUGAGCGCUCGCUUCUCGACUGGAUUCCAGUUAGUAGCCGAUUGUGCGCUCUUCGUCUUAACGGUUCAGUUCGAGUCAACAGCUACUCCAUUUUCUGUUCGAAUCCACUUUAA